UUUCCAUCAUAUUUCUCUUCACAAUUCGGUGUGUGGUGUGUUUGGCAGCAGAGAAAAUUUAAUAAAAGGAAAAUCCACGAAAGAAGCUCAAAUAAAUCGAUUCUCCAAGUCCAAGCACACAAGUCCAGAGUUUGCAUAUUAUCAACAGCAUUUGCAACUCGGAUUUGAACUUGUAAUAAUUCCAGCCAAGCAAGAAGGCCACCAGCAGCAGCAGCAGCAGCAUAACCGAUUUCCUACUUCUCCAAUCAAAAGAAUCGAAAUAAAAGCAAGCAACUAUGGGAAACGUAUUCGCCAAUCUGUUUAAAGGCCUCUUUGGCAAAAAGGAAAUGAGAAUAUUGAUGGUCGGUUUGGAUGCCGCUGGUAAAACCACAAUUCUGUACAAACUCAAAUUAGGCGAAAUUGUUACAACGAUACCUACCAUUGGUUUCAAUGUGGAGACUGUAGAAUACAAGAAUAUUAGCUUUACAGUGUGGGAUGUGGGCGGCCAAGACAAAAUUCGUCCAUUGUGGAGGCAUUACUUCCAGAAUACACAAGGUCUUAUCUUCGUCGUUGACAGCAAUGACCGAGAGCGUAUCGGUGAGGCGAGAGAGGAAUUGAUGCGCAUGCUGGCGGAGGACGAGCUUCGGGAUGCAGUCUUACUAAUAUUCGCCAACAAACAGGAUCUGCCAAAUGCAAUGAAUGCGGCUGAAAUUACCGACAAGCUCGGUUUGCACUCACUCAGAAACCGCAACUGGUACAUUCAAGCGACGUGUGCAACUAGCGGCGAUGGACUCUACGAGGGACUCGACUGGUUGUCCAAUCAGCUGAAGAAUGCUAAUCGCUAAUUAAACAUACACUAAAACUACAACCACAACAACAAAAAACAACAACAGCAACAACAUAAAUACACACUAACUUUGAUUUCAAGCAAAGCAGAAACAGAAGCAGAACCAGAAAACAACCAACAUCAACGUCAGAAACACCAACAGACAGACAAAACAGACACAGGAAAACGGCGGAAAUCCUAUCCUCAUCAAGAAGGAACACCAACAACAGCAACAACAACAACAACAACAACAACAACAACAGCAACAACAGCAACAACAACAACAGCAACAACAACUACAACAGCAACAUAAACAACAAGAGUAGAGAUCUUCGCAUAACUUAAAAGGCUCCUUCCUGUCCGUUGAGAACACAAGAAAUUGAAAUUGCAAGAACAGAUCUUUUCAAGCAGCAUCAGCAUAUAAAAGAACGCUAUUAUUUAAUUUAAAUUUAUAUACAUAAUUAUUGGAUGUUUAAAAACGAAACGAUUAAAAGAGAAACCCCAACCAAUCGCAAAAGAAAAAAAGGAAACAAAACACUAAAGUAUAUGGUAAAAAAUGUCUUUUUUUAAGUUAUUUUUGUCCUCUCUCCCUCUCCCCCCCUCAUCAAUAUAUAUUUCUUUUUAAUUUUAUAAAUAUAAAAGUAAUAUUAAUGAGAAGUAAUAAACAACAAAAACCAUUUUAA